AUGGAUUCUUCGUCGCCAGAUGAGCCAGUGCGAGCGUUACCCCCAACUCGUAUUCCAUGUUUCUUCCCUUCCAUCACCGGUGUUGCCCAAAACCCGCUCACAGUCAUCACAUUCGAUGUUUCCGCUUCGGCUCCUGCAUCAGCAGAUACUCUUGCCUUCGCUACAGUUGUGCGCACGUUGAUAGGGACGACUGGCGAGUUCGCGUUCAGGUUUCAAGACGAUGCUUGCGUUAUCGCUGAAGGAAGAGACGAGCAAGACGCGACAGAGCAUUUGGUUACGCGCCAGAAUUCCCGGGUGACCGGGCUAGAAGCUAUCGAGGUUCAGCUGUCUUCGUCGUCGUUGACGACGGAAUCCAAGGUGCGCGCAGGUCCCGUCGCUGUGGCCGACGAUAAUUCCCACACUCACGUGCCUUCGCAGACCCUCGCAGUUGCACCCGUUUUAUUCCAUCUCCACAUUAGUCCCUCGUCUCUUGUCCUCCGAUUCUCCGAAAAACAUAUUCCGAAUUCUCUUGCAUGGCGGUUGCUACACCUGUAUAUCCAAGAAAGCGGUAUUGCUGUUGCCAGUACCAACGACGAUGAAUUUUCUCUCGUAAAUCAUCCGCCGCAGGGCUUUCCGUUCUCAAAUGAGCGGCCAGCUCUUCUCCACGGUGCAUUCCUCCAGAAAGCCGCUGAUAAUCCGGACGCAACGGCCGUUGAUUUCUUGGAUGCUCAAAAUGCGCCUCGUCGUGCUAUUUCUUACCGCCAACUCGACCAGCAGUCGUAUAACAUUGCCCGGAUUUUGCGCUAUUUGGUCCAUGAAACGAAGAGUAUUAUUCCAUUGGCACUACCUCCUUCUCCGGAGCUUUAUGUCGGAUACAUAUCGGUCCUACGCGCAAGCUGCGCGUUUUCGCCACUUCCGGGUCUGGAUGCUGCACCAGUUGAGCGUAUCGUAGAAUUGGUGCGGGACGUUCGUGCACCAGUCGUUCUUGGGAUAGGGUCUCGCCCUGAAUGGAUGGAUGCCGUCGAGGACGUGCAUUGGGUGGAUGUAGCAUCUGCUGUAGCACCCGAAGAGGCACCGUUGGAAUGGGAGCCACCCUGCGAGUCAGACCUAGCAUAUGUUCUUUUUACUUCUGGGUCGACAGGAAAACCCAAAGGUGUCCAGAUUACCCAUUUGGGGGCCGCAUGUUCAAUCUCGUCCCAUCUCGCAGUUCGCGCUUUGCUUCCAGGAACUCGCUGGUUCCAGUUUGCUGCCUCAACCUUUGACCCGUCUCUUAUGGAGACGUUUAUGAACUUCUCGUCCGGCACGACGAUAUGCGCUGCGAACCGUCAACGUCUAUUGACAAAUCCGGAAGCUGUUCUUUCAGAGCUCAGCUGCUCUCAUAUGAUGGCUACCCCAAGUUUUGCAGCUAUGCUGCGUCCCGAAUGCAUAGGGUCGUCAUUCGAGCUUUGGACCAUGGGUGAACGCCUUUCCGAGCGCGUCAUUGAUGCAUUCAGCAGACCAGACCAAGGAUAUGUCCUAUAUAAUGCUUACGGUCCGACGGAGGCUGCUAUCAAUGUGACAUUGCGUCUUCACCCCCGUAAUGAGUCUGGUUCACGCCUUGGACCACCUAUAUCGACCGCUUCUAUGAUGAUUCUGGAUCCAACCGAACCCGUACUUGUGCCGCUUGGGUUUCCGGGAGAGCUGGGCUUAGGAGGUCCUCAGCUGGCGAAAGGAUACCUCAACAUGCCAGAACAAACAGGCCGUGCAUUUGUAGAGAUUGAUGGCAUUGGACGCGUGUAUCGCACAGGUGAUCGCGCACGCAUCGUAAUCGACGAAGAUGGUCAGUGGUCCGGAAUCGAAUACCUCGGUCGCAUGGGAAUGGAUCAGGUAAAGCUUAGUGGUAGACGUGUGGAAUUGGGGGAGAUUGAGGCCAUCUUAUCCGCCGUCCCUGGUGUUCAAUCAGCACACGCCGUCGUUCACAAGUCUGACUCUGGAGCCGAACAGCUUCUUGCUUUGAUUACGCCGGAAGAAAAGAGUCUUAUAGACGAAGUGGGCCGCGUUGCUGAAGCUCGCCUUCCCGCCCAUAUGCGACCUGUUGGUUAUUUCCUUGCGCAGACAACCCCCAGGUCGACGGCGGGAAAAGCAGAUCGUAGAGCUAUAGCGAAACUCGUAGCGGCGCUCUUCUCAGGAUCUCAGGCUAAUGAUAGGGUUAUGGAGGAUACUGGAAGUGAAGUAGAUCCUGAGAUCCUGAAGACUGUUGUUAGGCUGGUGGCGGAGACUGCCGAACUUGACGAGGCCUCCAUUUCGCUCAGCAGUAGCUUUAUCUCUCUCGGCAUCGACUCCCUACGUGGUGUCCGUUUCUUGACUCUUGCUCGUGAGGCUGGUUUCAAAAGUUUAACCAUUCUUGAUGUGCUGCAAAACCCGACACCAAUGUAUCUUUCUCGAAAGCUCAUGGAGAGCCAAGACCAAGAUACUGAUACCAAUGCUCCUACGAAGCACGUUGAAAUUUUGGAGAAGUUCGCAGCCGAAGCAGGUCCCGCCGUACGGCAGGAACACGACCACGUGAACCGGAUCACGCCGGCUACACCUAUGCAAGCUAGUUUACUUGCUCUAUACCUACGUUCUGAAGGACAGUCCGGGUAUAUUAAUCAUUCCGUUUAUUCCCUCAAAAAGGAAGUCGAUUUGGAACGCUUCAAGCAGGCAUGGGAGGCCGUGGUCCGCCACAAUGCGAUAUUGCGCACUUCGUUUGUCCUGGUUGAUAACAGUACUAUCAGUCCAUUUGCGCUGGUUUCUGGUGAAGAGUGCGACAUUCGCUGGAUUGAGGACUUGGGAGAGGAUGUCGACGUUUUAAUAGAAGACUACGUUGAGCGCACACCCAGAAACCUGUCCCUUCGCCACCCAUGGGCAGUGGCAUUGAUGCGCAAUGGUGAUUCCUCUGAUGUUAGGUUUGUGCUGACGCUUCACCAUGCGCUUUUUGAUGGUGCUUCGCUUGCGCUCAUGCUCGAGGAACUGGCUAUUUUAUAUCACGAUCCCAACGCGGUUGUUCCUCGGGAUGAUUUCAAGAAUGCCAUUAUUGAUGUUCUCAAUGCUGAUAUGGAUGCGUGUAAUGGUUACUGGGUUGAGGAGCUCAAAGAUUUUACUCCUGACUCUUUUCCUGAUCUCACCGGCCUUCGGCAGUCCGCUAAGGAGCCGGGAUUCCAUGUAUCGACGGUGAUGUCGUCGACGUCCAUGUCUGACCUUGCUCGCAAGGCUCGAAAGCUGAAUGCAACUCCAUUAGCCGUGGUACAAGCUGCGUGGGCUAGCAUUUUACUUGCUUACUCUGAGUCCGACGCCGAGGACAUCGUCUUCGGUAGCAUUGUUGGCGGUCGUACGUCCGAAGCUCUCGAGCACACGGUCGGUCCCGUGUUUACUGCGGUACCUGUGCGCGUUCGCAAUGUCACAGGAGCCACUACAGGCGACCUCUUGUCCCGGCUAGUGCAAAAUAAUGUCGACAGUCUGAUUAAGCGCCACCCUCCUACCGCCGUUCUAAGCGGUGACAAUGGUAUCAUCUAUGAUACUACAGUUGCUUUGCAGCAGUUCGGACAGGGGGCAUCUCAGACCGAGUUAUGGACAUCAGCAAUAUACCCAGCUAUGGCCACGGAGUUUGCCGUCGUCCUUGAAAUUUGGCCUGAAGAAGGGGACUUGAUUCGUCUUCGAGCAACGUGUUCGAACAAUGUUCUCAUCCCCACAGCUAGCGAGAACAUGUUACAACAGUUCGAUGAUAUCCUCAGGAAUAUUCUAGACAGACCAACAGACUUGCCUUUUUUGCAUGCUACAUCUGGUGUUCGACACGAGUUGCAGGCGUCCAUCAAUCCAAUGCCAACGCUCCAGUCAGUGUUGCCUUCGACUCUCAUCCAUCAUGAGUUCGAACAGAAUGCCCGGUUACAACCCGACGCCCUGGCUGUUUGGUUUAAAUCUGACUUGACGCACCCAGAGAGGGACAUACGCUGGACCUAUGGUGAGCUUGAUCGUCGAGCGAACCAGCUAGCGCACCACCUGGUCAAGACUUAUGGCGAGCUCUACGACACACCAAUUCCUCUGUGCAUGGAAAAGUGUCCUGAACUCUAUGUCGCUAUACUGGGCGUGGUUAAAGCUGGAGGUUGCUGGUGCCCGGUAGACCAUGCUGCUCCAGAGCUACGCCAGAAAGACUUGUUUCUUCGAGCUGGUGGACCGGUCGUGCUGGUUGUGGAUCAGGAGGCAUGCCGCGAGUUACGGACGGCUAUUCCCGAAGGACUAGAUGUUUUAGCCCUUGACGACGUGCGAUUACUUAACGAACCUGAAAAUGCGCCAGUCGUCGACACUAGCUCAGCCCAUUUAGCGUAUCUGAUCUGGACAAGUGGUACUACCGGUGCACCGAAGGGCGUGCCGAUUGAACAUAGAGCGGCGGUGCAAGCUCUAACAGUGUUGCAAGAAGCGAUUCCAUUCAAUUCUCCUGGUGUUCGGUGUUUGAAUUUCUCUGCAUACACGUUUGACGUCUCAAUUCUUGAUGUUUUCUAUGCUCUGGGAAAGUCAUGUGGGACGCUUUGUUCUUCUAGCAAAGACAUUCUUGUUGGGCAGUUUGCAGACGUUGUCAAUAGCUUCCAAGCAACGCAUGCAUUCUUGACUCCGGCGUUUAUGGCGCAGUCCACAUUGAGUGCCUGUAACUCACUUGAAAGUCUUAUCAGCAUCGGAGAGAAGCUGCCGGAUACUGUAGCGGAUGCUUGGUCUCGACCAGGAACAGUAUCGUUGAACACAUACGGUCCGGCGGAAGCCACUAUAAUUGCGACAUAUCGUCGUUUCCAACCGAAUGAAACUACCAAGGCUCAGAAUGUUGGCCUUCCUAUCCCGACUAUCAGUUGCUUUGCCGUCCAGAAUGAACGUGUUCUACUUCGUGGCGCUGUGGGCGAACUGGCUCUGGGUGGCCAUCAAAAUGCUCGCGGAUAUCAUAACCAGCUUGAUAUGACUUCGAAGAAGUUCAUCAACCACCCUAUCGCCGGGAAGAUCUAUUUGACUGGGGAUAUCGUUCGCUUCCUUCACGACGGUACGUGCGAAUUUGUGGGUCGAAAUGACGACUUGGUGAAGCUGGGUGGUAUUCGAGUCGAAUUGUCCGAAAUAAGUGCAGCACUAGGUUCUUGUCAUGCUCUCGCGCGAGAGGCGUCCACGAUGCUCCUUUCUAGACCCGAUCGUCCUCAAAAAGUUGUCUGUACCUUCAUCUCCGCACCCACCCUUGACAACGAUGGAAAUGUGUGCACUGACCAUGAAGCCGUUGCGAUUGCCUGUGCUGCUAGGAAGCAUGCAGAUUUAUCUUUACCCGUCUUCAUGCAUCCGAACGUUAUCGUAGUGGUUCAACACAUUCCACAUACUGCAUCUAAUAAGGUGGAUAGAAAAGCACUAGGAGAAUAUUAUGCUUCGAUGGAUAUUUCGGCAUGGGAGUCAGCCAUUGCUGUUGCCAUGGGCGACAACGACGACAAAGCCUGGUCUCACAACGAGGAAAAGAUCAGGAACGUGCUGUCGGAUCUUACAGAUACACCGCUUGAUUCUAUCAGCAAGACUACUCGUUUUGCUGCGCUGGGCAUUGAUUCGAUCCGCGCCGUUCAACUGACCUCGCGCCUCCGUGGAGUAGGUCUUCCGGUCGCUGUCAGUGAUAUUCUACGCCAUCCGAGCACCAAGCAACUGGCUAGAAUGGUCCUGUCUAGCGAAACGGACGAACUGCCCAGCUCAGUGCCUAUAUCUGCAUGGUUCGAAGAGUUCGACUCGUUAUGGCGACCACAUGUACAACGUACUCUUCAGGAUGUGGAGCGUAUCCUCCCGUGUACACCCUUGCAAGAAGGCAUGUUGGGUGAGACGGUAAAACAUGAAUCUGCAUACUGGUCCCAUCGUCUCUUUUCGUUUGGAAGGGCCGUCGAUUUAGACAAACUGUUAGAAGCAUGGACGGACGUUGCGACCCGCACAGAAGCCCUAAGGACGGUUUUUCUCCCUGCAGCCGCUUAUUCCGUUGCCGGCACUGAUACAGCCCCUUCGCCAGUGUUCAUCCAAGCGCUUCUCUCGCAGCCGCUCGUUCAUGCUUCUCGCCAACGAUGCAAUAGACGAAACGUAAAUAAUGAUGCAGAGCAAAUUGCUCGGAGCAUCGUCGUGUCACGAAUCGGGUCACAGUUACCACCUUGGUCGCUCACUAUCUUCAACACAGACAACGACACUCAAUCUUGGUUAAUGUUAAGCAUACACCAUGCACUGUACGACGCAGAUGCCAUUGGGCACCUUUUGGCUGAUGUACAGACUUCCUAUCAGGGAGGCAGUCACAUUUCCCGCCUACAACUGUCGGGCGCUCUGUCGCUGGUGUCUGGCAACACUGACCCAAAAAUGUCUGAUGUUUUCUGGCAGGAUGUUCUUAGCCCGUUCGCUGACGAGGAUGCCAAUUUCUGGCCAAACCUGUCUUCUGACGAGGAUUCCGGCCGCAAGACUCGCUUCUAUUCUGCUUCCUUCGAACCUGACAGGAAUGACCUUGCUCAUGCUGCGAGUGAAGUCCAGUGCUCCAUUAGUCACGUCUUACAAGCUGCGUGGUCCUACGUCUUGUCCUCGUACCUUCGAACAGAUAAAGUUGUUUUUGGAGAGACGCUCUCUGUUCGCGUAGGAAAUGCCAAGCUGGCAAGUGCAAUAGCCCCCCUGAUAACUACCACUCCAGUCGCCGCGAGCAUCGUCGGAAACACCUCACCUCGGACUCUCAUCAGUGCUAUUGCCACCCUGUCUAGCCAGUGCGUAAACUACAGAUUUGUUUCACUGCAACGACUCCGUCGAAUACUUCAGAAGCCCGUUCGCCAACCAGUCUUUCCGGCAGUCUUUGUCAUAUAUUCUGUGGAUGAAGAAGCCCCCUCGCCAACUAUUCCAAGCUUAUGGGCUGACUGUACUGAUAUCGCGAGCCUUGGCGUGGAGCACCCUCUGGCAGUUAAUGUUGCCGUCAUGGCUAAUAAAGUGGUUGUGAACGUACUAGGAAGUAGCGACUUUAUGGCUUCCAAACAAGUAAAGCUACUGGCAGAUCAGUUCAGUGCGGUGUUGGAGGUUAUGUUAGAAUCCUUGGACAGACCACUUUCGAACCUAUCGCCUAGCCUCAAGGAGCAACAUCUCUCUGUGUUAAGGUCGAUCCCCGUCCCGACUUUCUCGAGUUCAUCCGGAUUUGAACCUAUCCAAUGGCUUUCAAAGCGCGCGCUCACUUCUCCAGAUGAAGUUGCCAUUUCUAUUUAUAAAGCAAAGAAAGGCACUCACUCCACGUGGACUUUCAGAGAACUCGAUGAGGCCUCCAACCGCAUCGCUCACUGGAUUCGUCGGGGAACCACAUAUCUAGGUGUUAUUGCAUUGUGUAUGCCCCAGUGCCAUGCAAUGUUUGCUUACCAGUUCGGGAUACUGAAGUCUGGUUGUGUUUAUCUUCCCAUUGGAUAUGAGAUUCCUGCCUUUCGCAAGAGGUUAUUGUUCCGCACCGGAGGUGCUUCUUUAGUUUUCACUGUGGCGAGUUGUGCAGAGGACUUCGUUUCUAUUGAACCUGCAAGGAUUGUUGAUAUCGAUGAUACGCAACACGCGCAGCAAAUCUCCGGCUACCCUGUAUCUGCACCGGCAUAUUCGGCCCCCGAGGUUGUUUGUAUAAUGUUCAGAGACGGACAUCUCAGUACUUCUCGCCCUUGCUUUGUUUCCUCGAGUAGCUUGGUUGCUUUGGUCGAGGCAUUUGCUUACAAACUCCACCGACACCACUCGCUCAACGAUGCGGGAGAAUUCCUGAGCUGGUUACCCCUAUCAUGCGAUGGUCAUCUCCUCGAGCUCUUAUUGCCAUUGCGCACGGGAAUGGCCAUAGCAAGUGUUUCGCGCGUUCUUUUACAAGACGACUGUCCAACAGUCCUCAAUAACACCGGUGUCACCCAUGCUAUUUUACUCCCCGCUUGGCUAGAGCGCAAAGGCGUACGGCCCUGCGAUGUACCCAGACUACAGUGCACGAUUUUGACUGGCUAUCUUUCUCAUUCUCCUCUCUUGGACGAGUGGACUGGAUCAUCCGAUAUAACUGUUCUGUCGGCAUUCGGACUCAGUGAAACGGCGGGUAUCUGCUUUAUGGGCAAGUACUGCUCCACGACAACAAACUGGAAUGUUGGGAACAUCGUUAGUAACUAUGCAGCCGUCGUCCUCCGUGCCGAAUCAAUACAACCCACACUUCGAGGCGAAGAAGGAGAGCUAUGUUUGUCGGGAAAGUCAAUAUCUCCCGGUUACCUGCCGGGUUCUGUGGGACGCUUUGUCCUUAACACUCUUUAUGGACCUAUCCUCAGAACAGGCUUCGUAGCCCGUGUCAGGGCUGAUGAGUCGGUCGACUUGCUUCGUCGUGAUGAAGUAUUCCUGCGAGAGCGAAAGCUCGAUCUUGCCGAGAUUUCCGAAGUGGUUUCUUCUCUAGCUCAGCAAGGUUUAAAUGUGCACACGCUAGCACUUGAUCAUCCAGAGGGAUUACAGACAUACGUUAUCACGUUCAUAUCGCGUUCAAUGAACGCCGACCCACUUUUGGGCUCGUUGCCGAAUGUUUGCACAACAGAUGCAGCACUAGCGCGAGCUCUACUCUCUACUUGUCGAAGCCGACUACCCCCGUAUCUGGUUCCCGACUUGAUAAUUCCCUUAGACUUUAUCCCCCUUGCCAAUGUUUUCUCUUCGCUGGUCGAUCAUAAACGUUUGAAGCAUGUGUUCAUUCGCUCUUCUUUGGCGACUCUAAGUGGUCCGGGCGAACAGUCGUCUGUUUCACGUCCUCUUACGGCACUCGAGAAAGAGAUAUGCAGCAUCAUCAGUGGCAUUACACAGGUUCCCGCUGACGCUAUGAAUGCCGACACAACGACACUGGAACUAGGGAUCGAUUCACUCAGUGCAAUUUCUUUGAGCUUCCAGAUGAAAGCGGCGGGCUUCUUUGUUCCUCCGCAUGUCAUUCUCGCUGGACCGUCCGUAUCUAAGCUUGCUAAAUCAUCGCGGUCACUCGUCGAGGACAGGAACUAUGUAUCCACAUGGGAGAUGGAGACUCGUCUGGAGGAACGGAUUCGGAGUCGUCUUCCGGAUCAUGACAUCCAGCUCGUCCAGCCUUGUCUACCAUUACAGGAAGGGCUGGUGGCUCAUACGCUCAAUUCGGCUCAGCCCAUUUACGUCAAUCACUUCGUCCUACGUAUCAACGAAGCAGAUCUGUCUCAGCUUCGCAAUGCAAUCAAUGAGACAAUUACGGCAAACGACAUCCUGCGAACCUGUUUUUUCGUCGACGAUAGCAACGUGGUCCAAGUCGUUCUUUCCUACGUCUCAAGCAUCUGGAAGGUUGUUGAAGUGCCUGAUGACGAGGAUCCUCUGGUUAUUCUUCGCGGAGAUAUGGGUGCCGUUGAACUCGACGUGGUGCAAAAUCUCGGGACCCGACCGCCCAUUCGGCUUGCAUUAUAUUCGUCGAAGGUCAAGUCGACAUAUCUUCGUCUUACUAUGCACCAUGCAAUCUACGAUGGUGAAUCGCUGCCAAUGCUCCUGUCAGAGAUCUACGAAAGAUACCUAGGGUGUUUUACCCUCCAACGACCUCCGAUUAGUCGCCUGAUCGGCCAUCUUGCGCACCAAUCACAAGAGUCGGCUCGCUCGUUUUAUUCUGAUUACCUCGAUAAUGCUCCCAAGCCCGCCCUCACUCAUACAUAUGGCAACCUUGAAUCCAAUCAUCAAAGACACGUUCUCGACGUACCGUUGUCUGUUCUCGAGCAAACUGCGCGCGCUUUGAAUAUCAGUCUUCAUGUUCUGGCAUUAUCAGCAUUUGGGAUUGCACUAGGGGAGCAUCGGAAGAGCAGUGACUCUGUUUUCGGUGUCGUUCUCUCGGGACGCACAUUACUCGUCGACGGAGUGGAUAACAUGCUAGCUCCCUGUAUCACCACUGUACCCGUCCGGGUUCGUGCUGUAGACGCUCAAAUCUUUGCCGAUAUCGCGCGCCAGGUUCAGGUGGACCUGUCAUCUGUGAUGGAACAUCAGCAUACUCCUCUUCGUUUGAUACAACGGUGGCUUGGUUCUGGCGAGCAACUUUUUGAUACGCUAUUUAAUUUCAAUCGCUUAACAACAUCCCCGUCCUCGUCCCAUAAUCUCUGGUCAGUACUGGAGAGUAAGGCAGCCAUCGAUUAUCCGUUGGCUGUAGCGUUUGAAUCUAACCCAAGCGAAAACACUGCCACUAUCCUCGCUGGUUAUACGCCUGGCUUCGGCUUGAGUGCCUCUGUCACUUCCCUAUUGACCCGUAUAACCAAUCUCCUUAUUGAUCCUAACCAAGCCGUGAUGCCAACAUUGUCUUCACCGUCCACUCAAGCGCCAGUGGAACGCCCUUCGUAUGACCCUUCGACCUGGUCGUCUCAAGAAAUUCUAGUUCGGGACGUAGUUGCCAAACUUUGCAACGUAGAUCCGAUUCUUAUCACCAAGGACGUUUCUUUCAUUCACCUCGGAGUCGAUUCCAUCACUAGCAUUCGCCUUGCCCAGCAGCUAAGAGCUGAAGGCUUCACUGUUCCUACAUUCGCCAUCAUGCGUCAUCCUUGUAUAGGGGAACUUGUGAACUACGCUAACGAAUCUUCCGUGGAUGUGUCCGAGUCCGCCGACGCCAUUGUAAGUGCCUUCAAAGAACUUCAGGCGCAACUUCGUAGCAAGUAUGAGCCUUCUAUUCGACUUCUUGCCGAGGAUGACAUAAUCACGGCAAUUUUUCCUGCAACACCUUUGCAAACAGGAAUGCUCACCCAGACAGUCGCGUCGAGCGGUAGGCUGUACAUGGGGGACCACGCGAUCGAGCUACAUCCGUUAGUAUCCACUCAGCGCCUGAAAUCUGCAUGGGAACAAAUAAUUGCGUCGACCGACAUCUUACGUUGCUCGUUCCUUGCAUGUCCAGAAGGCGAUCACGCUUGGAUCGCCGCAGUUCAUAGUAAUGUGCCCAUACGCUGGACGGAGUACUCGCUUUCUUCCAAUGCAGAAAUCCGCUCAGUAGGUCAGAAAAUUAAGGAUGCAGAAGCGAUUCAGGAUGGGCAUGCGUUUGAGGUGCCGCCGCUAUCCUUCCACCUUAUAUGUGCUCCAGAUACGCGAAUUUUGAUCGCUUUAAUUCAUCAUUGUCUUUACGAUGGGCUUUCUCUGCCUUCUAUCUUCGAUGAUGUCGCUGCUGUAUACCGUGGACUUUCACCUUUGAAGCGUCCACAAUUCCCCGAAGCCGUACCGUUCAUCCUACACAGCUCUAAAGACGAGUCAGACUUUUGGCGAAGGCGUUUAUCGGAGUUCUCUUGUGCGCCAUUAACAAGGAAGCAGGCAACUACGGCACGUGGACACCUCGCUCGAACUCUACUGAGCCUUCCUGAAAGCGCUCUCAAUUCAAUCAAAAUGCUGGGUGUGACUGUCCAAGCCGUUGCUCUUCUAGCAUGGGGCAAAACAUUGGCUAGUAUCACUGGUUCACCGGAUGUAGUUUUUGGACAAGUCGUCUCUGGUCGUGCGAUUGAGCUUGACAACGCAUUGCAUGCCAGUGGUCCGCUUUUCAAUACUAUUCCAUUCCGGUUCACGUUAUCCGAACUGGCUUGGACAAAUGCCGAAGCCGCUCAAGCGCAGCAUGUGUCAAACGUACAAAGUGAACCUCACCAUCAUGUCCCUCUUCGUAUUAUACAACGAAAGUGGCGUGCCGACGCCUCCACCGGAGAAUCGCUCUUCGACACCUUGUUUGUAUUCCAGCAACACACUGGAGAACAAAGCCGAUCACGAUUAGAUUUGUGGGCUCCAUACAGCCUGUCGAAUGACGCGUCACCAGCCGAGUAUCCUUUGAACCUCGAAAUCAUUCACGCAAGUGACGUUCUAGAGAUUAGAGCGGGGUGUCAGUCUCAAGUCUUUUCUGAGGACGAACUCAGAGGCACCCUUGAGAUCCUACGGAAAACCCUUGAAAACAUCAUCCUGAAACCUUCGGAUAGUGUCCUGAGCUAUCCCCCCAACCUCAGAGAGGUAGCUACUAUCUCCCAGGAAAGCGCCGUGCCUUCACCGUCUAAAAGUAAUGCCGAUGAGCGUGAGCCUACUCGGGAAUUUUCGCCGAACGAGGCGGUUUUACGCGAUAUCUUUUCGAACAUCUCCAGAAUACCUCUCGAACGCAUAGGAUUGCACGCACCGCUUUAUGCCCUCGGACUAGACUCCAUUGCUGCGAUUCAGAUCGCAUCUAGAUGCCGAAGUCAGGGACUCGACAUCGCAGUAUCUGACGUAUUUGUGGGUGAGACGAUUGCGGGGAUCUGUAGGAAUUACGAGGCAUCUCAGAGUUCUGCUCAUGAGGCGACGUCUACGAGAGAACUCGUACAAGAACACGAGCGCACGCAGGCAUUAGAGCUCCUGGGUCUUGGAGACGAGGACAUUGAGGAAAUGCUCCCUGUUCUUCCUGGUCAACACUAUCACCUUUGCGCAUGGCUCAGCUGCGGUGGCACGUUUUACGAGCCGGUGUUCGUAUACAAGCCCUCUGAACAGCUUGACGUUGACCGACUACGUCAAGCAUGGGAUGCUCUUCGGAAACGCCACAGCAUCCUCCGCACCGUGUUUGCUGCGACUUCCUCUUCCAAUGUUCUCCAAGUUGUUGAAAAGAACCUUCCAAAGAGCGAUCUAAACUGGACCUUUGCCGAAUUUGACGGGGAUUUCGAGCAGCACGUCAAAGAGCAAGUGCGAAUAGAAUAUCGCCGGCCAUCGACCUUAUUUACACCGUCAGGCCGGAUCAAGCUUGUAAGGGUGAGAAACCAAGACGCGGUGUUACUCGUGCUCCAUCACGCUACGUACGAUGCCUGGUCUGUCCCUCUUCUGGUUGCAGAUUUGUGCGCAUUAUACCAAGGUUUCGACUGCAAGAGUGCUCCAGACUUUACCGGGUUCGUCAAACAUGUCUCUAAUAUGUCAGAUAAGGCCGCCGAAGCCGCAUUUUGGCGGGACUCGUUGAAGAUUAAUGGCUCUUCACUUCUGGAACCCAAGCAGACUUGUUCAGAUCUGAAGCAGGUGUUUGUGCGAGCUCCCGCUAUCAUUAGUUCGACAGACUCGUUGCAGUCGCGCUGUCAAGCCGCUGGUCUUGGCCUUCAAGCCUUGGUGUUGGCAGUCUGGAGUCGUGUAGGUAAGAGCUUGACAGGACAAGACUCUCCUGUGUUGGGCGUGUACCACACUAGUCGUGCGGCCUCCUUCGACGACCUCGAGAGGCUUGCAGGGCCUUGUGUCAAUAUUUUGCCUAUGUGUAUUCCAGCAGCUGGUCUCGGUCAAGUCGGCGACGUAGCGCGUCAAGUUCAAAUAGAUCUCGGAAGGCGUACUGCAUUCGAGCAAAGCGCCUUACCGGAGAUUCUUCAGUGGGUUCAGCACGACGGUCCGCUUUUUAAUAUCUUCAUCAAUCUCCUUUGGCAUGGCAACAAGAUCCGGACGAUCUCUCAGGAUUCGCUUCUGCGGAUUUUCCCUGUUGGGGUGCCUACUGACUAUGCUGCUCAAGAGCCUUUCGAGCUUCGGUCGUCGGUCGACGCAUUGGAUCUUUCAUAUCUUCCCAAGCAUGGGUUGUACAUUGAUGUCGCUUUGAAUGCGGAAACGAACACGAUUGGAGUUGCUGCUCGCUGUCAUGAAGCUAUCCUGAAUGAGGAAGAGCUUCGGGAAGUAAUUGGUAGUUUCGCGGACGGAGUAAAGGCUGCUAUGGACGAAAUAUGA